AUGGGUGGUGGAGAUGGGCAACAAAACGAACAUGACAAAGGGCUAUUAAGCAAUCUUGCUGGAUAUGCUACCGGAGCUGGGCACUAUCCUCCUCAACAGGGUGGGCACUAUCCUCCUCAACAGGGUGGCGGAUACCCUCCACAAGGAGCAUACCCGCCGGCUGGUGGUGGCUACCCUCCGGCAGCAUAUCCUCCUGCUGGUGGUGGUUAUCCUCCACAGGGUUAUCCUCCUGCUGGUGGUGCUUAUCCACCACAACAGGGUUAUCCCCCAGCUGGCUACCCUGGUCAAUCGGGUUCACACAGUUCUCACAGUUCAGGAGGACAUGGACCAGGAAUGGGAACGGUAUUAGCUGGGGGUGCAGCUGCUGCAGCUGCAACAUAUGGAGUUCACCAUUUGACCUCUCAAAGUCAUGGUGGCGGCCAUGGUGGCCACAGUAUGCCCCAAGGAGCCCAUAACAUGAUGGGCUCCAUGGGACACAUGGGUGGUGGUGGUCAGUAUAAGCAGGGUGGCAAACAUGGCAAACAUAGUGGUGGUAAGUUCAAGCAAGGGAAACAUGGCAAAGGCGGGAAACACGGGAAGUUUGGUAAGCAUGGAAAGGGCGGGAAGAAAUGGAAGUAAUUUUCAUCUACGCUUCCUAAAUUUGGAUUCUUCAUUUGGCUUGGAUGACCCGAAUAUAAAGGUUUCAUUAUGUUACGAAACUAUUUGUAUGUGUAAAAGUUGGUUUUAUUUGGUAAACUAUGUAUGAAUGUUUAUUUUAACUUAUUGCAGAAAUAACAACUUAAUAAAUAAAAAAAUAUAGAAACUGACUUUCCAAUGAA